AUGAGCGACAUUGUCAUCAAUGCCGACACCUUCUUCGACCGCCUCUCCACUCUAUACAAUGCCUGGAAGUCCGACAAAAGAUCGGGAGAUGGGUCCUUUGGUGGCGCAGACUCGAUCGUCGUCUUGACUGGUAAAGCCGAUCAAGACACCCAAUAUGUCAAGAACAAUGCUGUCCAUUUCUGGUUGCUAGGUUAUGAAUUCCCCGCUACCCUGCUGGUCUUCACGCCUGCUACCUUAUAUGUGGUUACCACUGAGAAAAAGGCUAAGCACCUGCAAAACCUCAAAAACGGCAAAAUCCCCAUCGAAAUCCUCACUGUCCAUAUGAAGCAGCCUGAGACGCGGACGCAGGCGUUCGAAAAGUGUAUCGAUAUCAUCAAGGGCGCCGGUAAGAAAGUGGGCAUCAUUCCAAAGGCCGAAGCUCAUGGACCAUUCGUCGACGAGUGGCUCAAGAUGUACGGCGAUAUCUCGAAAGAGGUCGAAGAGGUCGACGUAUCCAGUGCUCUUUCCACCGCUUUCGCCGUCAAGGACGAGAACGAGCUGAGAGCAAUGCGCACCGCCGCACGAGCGGCAAGCGCUGUGAUCACGGAUUAUUGGGUCGACGAGAUGUCAGAGGUGCUCGAUCAAGAAAAGAGAGUCAGCCAUCGGACUCUCUCCGAUCGGCUGACAAAGAAGAUCGAUGAUACCAAAUUCUUCAAGGGUGUUUCCAAACUCCCGUCGGAUUUCGACACUCAGCAAUUAGACUGGGCCUAUGGCCCUGUUGUGCAGAGUGGCGGCCAAUACGACCUGAGAGUAAAUGCCCAGCCGAAUGACGAAAACCUUCACUCGGGAUGCAUCGUUGCCGGACUGGGCUUCAGAUACAAGACUUACUGCUCGAUCCUGGCAAGAACAUAUCUGAUUGAUCCCAGUAAAUCCCAGACGGCGAAUUACAAGAUCCUUCUCGCUGCUCACGAGGCAGCGAUGAAGGAAAUCAAGGAUGGCGCCGUGAUCAAAGACGUCUACAAUAAGGCCUUGGGCGUUGUGAAGUCCAAGAGGCCUGAGCUGGAGAAACAUUUCGCCAAAGACGUCGGAACCGCCAUCGGGAUCGAGGUUCGAGAUUCCAAGUUCGUCUUAAAUGGCAAGAAUACGAAAACCCUCAAGGACGGCAUGACAGUCAGUGUCACUACGAGUCUCUCCGACCUGACCAACGACAAGCCCCAAGACAAGAAGGGUGCCAACUAUACCCUGGUCUUGAUGGAUACUGUGAGAGUUACCCGGGGCGAGCCAGUGGUCUUCACCAAAGAGGCGCUUACAGACCUCGAUUCCAUCGAAUUCUAUUUCAAGGAUGACGAGGAAGAGACAAAGCCCAAACAGGAAAAGACUAAGAAGCCUGGUACUAGUGCUAUCGUGACCUCAAACAUCAAAUCGACCCGACUUCGCGGCGCAAAUAGGCAAGACAAUGCCAAGGAGGAAGAAGAAGCCCGCCGACGAGAGCACCAGAAGGAGCUCGCAGCCAGGAAGCAACGCGAAGGUCUCGAUAAGUAUGCGGAAGCUACAGGCGAUAUGAACGGCGAGAACGAGAAGAAGUUCAAAAAGUUUGAAUCCUAUAAACGUGAGGGCCAGCUUCCCUCACGCACCAAGGAUUUGAUCGUCUGGGUCGACACCAAAGCUUCGACUGUCAUCCUCCCGAUCAUGGGUCGACCUGUGCCAUUCCAUAUCAACACGAUCAAGAAUGUUAGCAAGUCAGAUGAAGGCGAGUAUACACACUUGCGAUUCAAUUUUCUGUCGCCUGGUCAAGGGGUCGGGCGCAAGGAUGAUCAGCCCUUUGAAGAUCCCCAAGCGCAUUUCAUCCGAUCGCUCACCGUUCGGUCCAAGGAUCAAGAUCGUCUCUCUGAAGUGUCGGCACAAAUCACCGAACUACGAAAGUCGGCUGUUCGCCGUGAGCAGGAGAAGAAGGAAAUGGAAGAUGUGGUCGAGCAAGACAAGUUAAUUGAGAUCCGCAAUCGUCGACCAAUCCGACUGAGCGAUGUCUACCUCCGACCUGCCCAAGACGGCAAGCGCGUUCCCGGUGAAGUUGAGAUACAUCAGAACGGUCUUCGAUAUAUCUCGCCGUUGCGCAAUGACCAUGUCGACGUCGUCUUUUCGAACGUCAAGCACCUCUUUUUCCAACCUUGCGUUGGUGAAUUGAUUGUGCUCAUCCAUGUCCAUCUCAAAAACCCCAUCAUCAUCGGGAAACGCAAGACCAGAGAUGUUCAGUUCUAUCGAGAAGCCACGGACAUGGCCUUCGAUGAGACAGGAAACCGGAAGCGAAAGCAUCGCUAUGGUGAUGAGGAGGAGUUUGAGCAAGAACAGGAAGAGCGAAGACGGAGAGCAGAACUUGAUCGACUCUUCAAGGGAUUUGCCGAGAAAAUAUCGGAUGCUGCUCGUGACUACAACAUUGCGGUCGAUAUCCCCUUCAGAGAACUCAGUUUCAACGGUGUCCCCAACCGCAGCAAUGUGCUUAUGGCGCCAACUACAGACGCCUUGGUUCAAUUGACCGAACCACCCUUCACCGUCAUCACGCUUGAUGAAAUCGAGGUUGCCCAUCUCGAAAGAAUACAGUUUGGUCUCAAGAAUUUCGAUCUCGUCUUUGUCUACAAGGACUUCCAUCGGCCGCCGACUCACAUCAAUACCAUUCCGGUCGAAUUCCUCGAUCGCAUCAAGGAGUGGCUUGACAGUGUCGACAUCGCCUACACUGAAGGUCCACUCAAUCUCAACUGGAGCACUAUCAUGAAGACUGUUACCAUGGACCCGCAUCAGUUCUUUAAGGAUGGCGGUUGGAACUUCCUCGCCACCGAUACUGAUUCAGAACAAGAGGAAGAAUCCGAAGAGGAAAGUGCGUUCGAGAUGAGCGACUCAGAUCUGGCUGCUGCCAGUGAAUCGGAUAGCGAUGAAGACAGCGAAUUUGACGAUGAUGCCAGCGCCAGUGAUGAUGAAGGAGAGGCGGACAGCGGGCUGAGUGACGAGGGAGAAGACUGGGACGAGAUGGAAAAAAAGGCCAAGAAAGAAGACCGUGGGGGUUUGAUGGAUGACGAAGACAAAAGUGGCAGAAAGCGGAAGAGAUGA